UUAGCCAUCAAUAUGAAAUCAUCCUUUACGAUUGUCUACUUGCUAACUGCUGCUACUUUACUAUAUGUUACCACUGCAGAUGAACAAACCGAACAACCUACUACUUACGUCAUCACUAAAGAAAUUAGAGACGAUGGUUCGGGCAAGGAAGUAGUGACCACUUAUGUAUCACACAACGCUACCGACGUUCGAAAUGCAGAACGACGAAAUAAAAAACUAUUUAAGGAGACUCAACAAAAUAUUGCAAAGCAGCAAGAAAGGCAGCAAGAAGAAAUAAAAAAUAUUCAAGACCGAUCCGAUGCCAUCUAUGAAAGUAAUAGAAAACGUAGCGAAAGUCAGUGGAAUCAAAGUGAAUCUUCCAAUAAUAAUAGUCAACAAACGUCAACUCAAGACUCUAGUCAAAGCCAACAAAACUCUGAAAGCGAUUCCGAGUCAAAUUCUUCUUCGAGUCAACAGAAUACGCAGUCAUCUUCUUCUAGUGAUCAAACAAGUGAUAGUCAAGCAUCUUCGGAUUUUAGUAGUCAAAUACAACAACGGUCCGAAUUAAUAUCUAACGCCACAAAACAAAAUAUUGCACGACAACAGCAAAGACAGCAAGAGCAAAAUAGAAACAUCCAAGAGCAAUCUGAUAACAUUUAUAAGAUAAAUAAACAACGCAGUGAAGCUAACUGGAAUAGAAACCAAUCUUCUAAUGAUCAGAAUUCGGCAUCUUCAACACAGGCCUCUAGUCAAAGCCAACAGAACUCUGAAAGCGAAUCCGAUUCAAAUUCUUCAUCAAAUCAACAAGACACACAAUCAUCUUCUUCUAAUGACCAAACAAGUGAAAGUCAAACAUCUUCAGACUUCAGUAGUCAGAUAAAACGAAGAUCUGAAUUAAUAUAUAACGCGACCCAAAAAAAUAUUGCAAAACAACUGAGAAGACAGCAAGAGCAAAGUAAGAAAAUUGAAGAGCAAUCUGAUAACAUUUAUAAGAUAAAUAAAGCACGCAGUGAAGCUUCCUGGAAUAGAAAUAGAUCUUCCAAUAACCAGAAUCAACAAACAUCAACACAAAACUCCGAAAGCGAAUCCGAUUCAAAUUCAUCUUCAGAUCAACAGAACACUCAGUCGUCUUCCUCUAAUGACCAAACAAGUGAGAGUCAAGCAUCUUCAGAUUUAAGUAGUCAAAUACAAAAGCGGUCCGAAUUAAUAUAUGAUGCCACGCAACAAAAUAUUGCACAACAACAGCAAAGGCAACAAGAGCAAAGUAGGAAUAUCCAAGAGCAAUCUGAUAACAUUUAUAAGAUAAAUAAACAACGCAGUGAAGCUAACUGGAAUAGAAACCAAUCUUCUAAUGAUCAGAACUCGGAAGCGUCAACACAGGACUCCAGUCAAAGCCAACAAAACUCUGAAAGCGAAUCCGAUGCAAAUUUUUCGUCAAAUCAACAAGACACACAAUCAUCUUCUUCUAGUGACCAAACAAGUGAGAGUCAAUCAUCUUCAGAUUUAGGUAGUCAGAUACGAAAACGGUCAGAAUUAAUAUAUAAAGCGACUGCACAAUACAAUGCUGAACAAAACAAAAAUCAGCAAAAGAGAAUCCAGGAGCAAACUGAUAAUAUUUAUAAGAUAAAUAAACAACGCAGUGAAGCUAACUGGAAUAGAAAUCAAUCUUCUAAUAAACAGAGUUCGGCAUCGUCAACACAAGACUCUAGUCAAAGCCAACAAAACUCUGAAAGCGAGUCUAAUUCAAGUUCCACAUCAAAUCAACAGAACACGCAGUCGUCUUCUUCUAGUGACCAAGAAAGUGAGAGCCAAGCUUCCACAGAAUCCACUAGUGAUGUACAACAAUAAAUUAAUUUAUGUAAACAUGUUAUAAAUUGACAAUAGUACAAAUAUAUACAAUGUAUAUCAAAUAUCUAUUUAAUAAAUAGUUAAUACUACUUAAUACUUAAGAAACAAAUUUUGACCAAAACAAAUAUUAGAAAAAGGAAGUAAAGCCAAUCCGAUAACAUUCUGAUAACAUUUUUAAAGACAAUAAAAAAGGAGUAAAGGCUUAUAACAAAAUCAAUCUACAGCUAGUGUCAAGUAAACAAAGUCAAAGACAAAGGCUUAGAAAAUCAAAGAAAGCAGAACUUCCACAGCAACUUCUUAAAAUUCAAUCGUCACAAUCAUCUUCUCAUGAGACACUAGAAAUAACAACCUCUCAAUAUCAAACCUCGUCACAAGAAUCUUAUAAUAAGAUACCAACCUCUCAAACAACCGAAAAUCAAUAGAGAAAACAACAAACUCUUCGGGUAUUAUACGUCUAAUCUGUACAGGAGAAAUAGAGAAUAGCCAACGUCAAGUGGACUGGAGCAAUCUGACGAAGUCGAGAAUGACAUGCACUUUCCAACUCAACGAUAGUUCCUGAGAUGACCUGCUACUGCUCAUAAGACGUUUACAAUCUUCACCACGACCGCAACCAAAAUGAAAUAGA